GUUGCGUUCAGGGAACAGUCGUUCAAAAUGCAUACAAAGGCAGUUCAGUCAUCUAACCAAGAGAUUGACGCAUGUCAAAUAGUUGCAGCAAUGAAGAUCCAACAUGCUUUCCGCAAUUAUGAGAUGAGAAAAAUGAUUUCAACCGCUGCUCGAAUCCAAUGUAGAUUCCGUACUUGGAAGAUACGAAAGGAUUUCAUUAACAUGUGUCGUCAGGCCAUAAAAAUUCAAUCUGCUGUCCGGAAUUCCCUAGUUCGGAGGCAAUACCGCAUGAUUGUCUGGUCAGUCGGGGUCCUUGAAAAAGCAAUAAUACGAUGGCGUCUCAAGAGAAAAGGCUUCCGAGGGCUUCAGUUUCAAACUGAUGCAGCUGUCGAAGAUCAGAAUCAAGAAAGUGUUGAAGGCUUCUUCCAAACCAACAGGAAACAAGCCGAAGAGCGUGUUGAAAGAUCUGAUGUAAGAGUACAAGCUAUGUUUCGCACAAAGCAAGCACAAGAAGAAUAUAGAAGAAUGAAAAUAGAACAUAACAAAGCAAAGGUAAAGAUUCUCUUUACAUUGGUCAGUUCACGCUUGAAUAUGAAGGACUCCGCCAUAUAA